GAUAACACGCAGGUAUCGAUGUUUAGAACAUGUAUGGAGACCGAUACCAACACCUAUGGGUAUCUACAAUGAUAGUAAUAUCAUUGCCAUCACGAACAGUGUCGAACAGGCAUGAUGUGAUGUUGGAGGAUGUUGUCAUUCUUUUGAGUUUGUCGAUGGAUAUAAAAUCUUGCACGGAAUUCGACUGAAUUUGUAAACUUCGAAGAUCUAGAUCAUCUAGAUUAGAUCUACUUGAGAAGCCGAGACUAUCAGUGUGGGGCAGUGAAUGCCGUCUUUUACCAGCAGACUGAAUCCUGAUUCAAAGGUACACCCAAGGGAAAGUUCUCAACGCAGUGCCAGCAUGGAGGGUGCUGGCUUUUGGCAACAGCUGAAGGUGCUUCUAUGGAGAAACAUUCUUCUGAAGAAACGCAACAGGGGUCAAUUAAUACAGGAAAUAUUGGGACCCAUCUACUUUGUAGCCAUUCUUGCCAUGAUAAAAGUCUUAACCAAACCUGCAAGGAAACCCCCAAUGAUGUUCCCGCCCCACGAUAUCAACAGUCCAGCAUUUGGGAGUCCAUUUGUGGGAAACUCGACAAUUUUUGUCUCUCCUGAUACGGCAAAGGUGGAUGGAUGGAUGCAGGACAUCAUUGGUCAGUUGUCUGGUGGCUCUCCGGCGUAUCGUUUGUUUGCCACUGCCGAGGAUGCUGAAAAUGAGUACAGGGCAAAUUCGAGUGGGGUUGGUGCUGGGAUCAACUUCCUCGUCGACGGAAAUCAAAACUCUUACAACAUACGUAUGGGCUUUGGCUCUCUUCCCAGCACUACGAAAUUGUUUGAUUCCAACAAAGGUGCUUGUCGAAGCAAUGUUAACGGAACUGGUUAUCCAGGCACAUGUGAAGUUAACAAGUACUUGUUCACUGGCUUUGCACAACUUCAGUUGGCAAUUGAAAACAUGCUUCUGAGGGAAGCUGGCGUGACAAGCCCGGACCCAAGGCUUCGGGAGGUGCAGGUCCAGAUGAUGGACAAAGACGAGUUCUACCCGGACACCUCCUACAUACAGACCAUCUCCUCCAUCUACUUUGUGUUCUCCUUUGCCUUCCUAGCCAAUUUCCUUGCUGUCAAUCUGGUCGCCGAGAAAGAAAAGAAGAUCAGAGAAGGAAUGCUCAUGAUGGGUCUGAGGAGCUCAGUAUUAUGGCUGUCCUGGGCUCUGAUCUACCUGGCGCUAGUGAUGUGUGUCUCCCUCGUGUUGGUGGCCAUCAUUGGUGGCAGCGAAUUCUUCCAACACAGCAAUUUGUUCCUGGUCUACAUCUCCUUUGUCCUCUAUGGGGGCUCCAUCAUGGCAUUUGCCUUCAUGCUCACGCCAUUGUUCAACAAGGCCAAAGUGGCAGGCGCCAUAACAGGCUUCUCCACGGUCAUCAUCAGUCUCUUGUACCUGAUCGUCAGCCAGACGCGAUCGGAGAACAGCUACAACGCCAACAUACCACCUGUUGCGCAGUGGUUCAUGUGUCUGCUCUCACCCAUAGCUUUUGCAGCCACCAUGGAUCAGGGAAUUUUCCUUGACGUGCAGAGAGAUGGAUUUGACUUUGAUGAGUCCCUGACCUACGGGGACUUUCCACUCUACGCUCCUAUCCUCAUGAUGUUGAUUGACAUCAUUCUGUAUGCCCUGCUCACAAUAUAUCUGGACCAUGUGGUGCCUGGUGAGUACGGUACUCGUUACCCGCCCCACUACUUCCUGAUGCCUUCCUAUUGGUGCCCGUCUCGGGACCAAGGGGAGAAGACCAGGCUUAUAGAUAUGCGUCAGAGGACCCAGUCUCAUGCAGUGGACAUCGAGCCGGUCAGCCAAGAGAUGGAGGAAAACAUGGCCAUGAGAAUCACAUCUCUUACGAAGGCGUACAAAGUGGAAGACAAAAUGAAUAAUGUUGUUGAUGAAUUUAGUCUGGACAUCUACAAAAGUCAGAUCACGUGUCUGCUGGGCCACAACGGUGCUGGGAAGACAACGCUGAUGAACAUGCUCACUGGAGUGGUACCUCCGACGUCAGGGGUGGCUCAAGUCAUGGGUCUGGAAAUCACAAAUAGCCAACAGAUGGAAGAAAUUCGGAAGAUGUGUGGCAUUUGUCCCCAACAUAACAUUCUGUACGAUGCCUUGUCCUGCAGGGAGCAUCUAGAACUGUUUGCUUCCAUCAAGGGUGUUCCUGAUCAUCAAAUUAAGACUGCAGUGGAGAAAGCAAUUCGUGAUGUGGACCUGGAGAAUCAGCUGGAAACUUUCUCCAAAGAUCUCAGUGGUGGCCAGAAGAGGAAAUUGUCUGUUGCUAUAGCUCUGAUUGGCGACCCAAAGUUGAUCUUCCUGGAUGAGCCCACAGCUGGAAUGGACCCGUACUCCAGAAGACAUCUGUGGUCCCUGCUGAAGGAGAAGAAAGAAGGACGGGUAGUUCUGCUCACCACUCACUUCAUGGACGAGGCAGAUAUCCUGGCCGAUCGGAAAGCAUUUAUUAGAAAGGGUAAACUUCGCUGCUGUGGAUCCUCUCUAUUUCUGAAAAACAAGUUUGGAAUUGGAUAUCACUUGACAAUGGUAGUGGAGCCGGACAGUGACACAGAGAGAAUCCGAGAAUGUCUCCACUCUGAAAUUCCAGACAUUGAACAGCAACGGAGUCAUGGGAAGGAGCUGGCCUACACAGUGCCCAUGCAGGAAGUUUCCAAGUUUGGAGUGUUGUUUGGCAAGCUGGACGAGCAGUCUGAAAGUUUAGGGAUCAAAAGCUACGGUGUGUCAAUGACGACCUUGGAGGAGGUGUUCCUCAAGUUGGAAGAGGAUCAUGUCAUUGAUGCGGACAGCGAGGAAGUUGGCCGCCGAAACGCAGGAUUUGAAGCGAACAAUGAGGAUGUGACCCUGAUGAUGGACGGAGAUUUGGGCAAAAAUGUGUUCACCAAGUCUGUGAUCAGUGGCCGGGCUCUGUGGAAACAACGAUUCCAGGCUCUGGUCAAGAUUCGUUUCCUCCUGAUGCUACGCAACAGCAAGGCCUUGUUCUGGCAGUUGAUUUUCCCCAUCGGUCUGGUGACAGGAGGCUUGGUUCUGGCAAAGUCCAACAGCUACCAAACACCGGAGACUCCCACCACUCUACUACUGCAGCCAAGUCUGUAUGCUAAUGUAUCGGGCAAUGGCAACCUUCCAGACUUCUUGGUUUUUGACUCAUUCAGUUCAGCAGCUUCCCAGGCUGUGGUGGACAAUUUUAAGCAGCGUGUGUCGGUUGAUGCUUACAAAACAGGCUCUGUGAAUACUUCGGACGUAGCUCCACAUCAGAUUGGUUUACAGAUGAGCCGUCUUUCCGGUCAGUCUCUGAUGAACUUUGCGGUGCUCUACAACGACUCGGCCCUACACUCCAUCCCGACGGUCAUCUCCAUGGCCAGUCAGAGUCUGCUGAACAUGUCGGGCUCCAGCGACCUCAUCAACGGAAGUUCUCUCCCCUGGCCACAGCUCAAGGUGACGGUCGUGUACAACGGGAACACCAUGGGCACAACACUCAUGAUCGGCCUCGCUUUCCUCUUGGUGAUAUCAGGCUUUGCAUCAGAGGCUGUUCAGGAUCGAGAGCUGAAGCUGCGGAGCCAGCUACGUAUCUCAGGCAUUGACUUUGGUCUGUACUGGGGCACCAUGUACCUGGUGGAUCUCAUCUCCUACCUCAUCCCCUCACUCUCCAUCAUCAUCAUCACCUUGGCUAUGCAGGUGGACGGCCUGAGCAGCCCUGGUGCGAUGGGAGCAGCCGUCCUUCUCUUCCUCACCAACAUUCCCUUCAACAUCGUCCUAGGCCUGGUUAUCUCUUUCAUCUUCGACAAGACGGAGACAUGCAUCGCGUACCUCCCACACAUGAUCUCUACCCCUUCGAUGAUUCCGUUUGUGGUUGUGUUGAUGGUUGACUUGGUGGGCCAGAGUGCAGACACGGCAAUCACACUGCACUACAUCUUCUGUGUGGUGGACCCUCUGUAUACCUUGUACGGAGGCUUCUACUUCAUCCAGCGGCUUUACCUGUUGGCUCAGAUUACUGGGCAACCUGUGGAGGACUCUGAGUACUUUAAGUUUGACAACCACAUCAUGAUUUGUGUUCUCAUGCCUGUGAUCCAUGCUAUGUGGAUGUACUGGUUGCUGCGAAUCCUAGACAUCAAGAAGACCGGAGGCAGAGUUUUGGAGGCCUUCCCCUGCUUAUCAAAGUCAAAGUCAUUUGUGCAGUCAAAUAACACAGAUGUGAUCAACAAUGAGGACAACGACGUAAAAGCGGAGAGAGUUCGUGUGGAGGCCAUGAACACGUCUGAGGAUAGGAGCCAAAGUCCUGCUUUCAGACUAAAUGGCAUGUCACCAAAGCAUCUUCAGACCAAAAAGGAGCCAGUUGCCUUUAUGUCACAACUGCGCAAAGUGUUUGAGAAGCGCACCAAGAGCAAGGGCAUGUGCAAUCCUGCUCCCGUCAAGUCGAAGGUGGCGGUUCGAAACCUGAGUGUUGCAGUGGACGAGGGAGAAGUGUUGGGACUGUUGGGACCCAACGGUGCGGGGAAGAGCACAGCGCUCAACAUGAUGAUUGCAGAGACGGGGCCCACUUGUGGAAAGGUGGUGAUUGGCGGCCACAACAUCCGCUCUAACAUGCUGUCUCUCUUGGAGUCCCUGGGCUACUGCCCGCAGCACGACGCCCUCUGGGAGCUGAUCACCCUGGAGGAACACAUCAAGUGCUUCGCGGCCAUCAAAGGUGUGGCUCCCCAGCACCUGGACUCAGUCACAGAUUUCUACAUUUCUAGUCUCAAGCUGGAAGAACAUAGGAAAAAGAAAGCAAAGAAACUUUCUGGAGGAACUAAGAGAAAGCUGAGCUACAUCAUGAGCAUUCUGGGCUCUCCCCGCCUUGUCCUCAUGGAUGAACCGUCAACUGGCAUGGACCCCCAGUCCAAGCGAUUCCUGUGGGACACCAUCAGCUCCAGUUUCCAGAACACGAACAAAGGUGCUAUCUUAACUACACACUACAUGGAGGAGGCGGACGCGCUGUGUAGCCGUGUUGGCAUCAUGGUCAAUGGACAGCUACAAUGUCUGGGCUCCACUCAGCACCUCAAGGACACGUAUGGUAGCGGCUACAUUCUGGAAGUGAAGCUGACGGGCCACGAGGCAGGCAAUGUGGAGAGACUGAUGGAUCAGCUGGAGGCUCACCUCAAGACCUUGUUCCCAGGUCUUGACAUGGUGGAGAGGUUCAUGGAAAGAGCCCAGUACUCGGUGCCAAGAGACGAUGUCAAGUCGCUGGGAGUAACUUUCUCAAACUUGGAAGAAUGUAAACUUACGCAUAAUCUGGAGGAAUACAGCUUCAGUCAGAGCACUUUGGAGCAGGUGUUCCUGUAUUUUGCCAAACAGCAGUUGGAGGAGGGCAAAGAGGAGAUGGUAAACACCAGAGAAUCGGCGUUGCCCACCUCUCUGAGGCGACGUAAGACAAACGGAGCUGUGGACGUCUGAGCAGUAUCUAUUUCAAUAAGAAACAAAUAAUAGUUAAAUUGAGUCACUCUUUUGUGUCUUUAUCUGUCCCUGUAUGUCUUCUGUAUCCUUUACCCAAAAAACUGUUUAAUGUACUGUCUAUGUAUUGCUAUUGUAUUUUUGUGAAGCACUCCAUGCCUGUGUUCUUUCAUUGUGGUUUAGCGCUACAUAAAUAUCAUAUGUUAUUAUUGUUAUGAUUACCAUUUUUAUUAUAUUAUCUGGUCAUUAUAUGGUGCCUUGAAGGUGACUUUAUGUUCAUUGUUGCUGUAUUGUUUUGUUGAAACAUUUAACUUAUUGAACAAAUCUCCAUGAUAUAUCUGUUGUUUUCAACACUGACAGUGUCCGAAUUCUGACUAUUGGUACAGGAUAUUUGGGUAAUCACUGCUGUGAUCAAAGAGUAAAAAUAACUUUUGAAACUAUAAAAUUUCAGCACAUGUUCUGGAUUUGCAAUAUUGCAAUGGAAGCUGUAGGCGUAGUAUGAUUUCUAAUCAAUGAUGUUUUAGAAAUGAUUGCAAUGGCUGGUUCAGAUGUAGAAUUGAGUUAAGCGAUGAAUGUGAUGAAAAAGACAUUCCUUAUGUUAUCCUUUCUGUUGAAGUACCAAAUCUUGUCUUUUAUUGCUUUUAUUUAUUGAUGCGUAUAAAUUUUUGUCAAGCUUUUCUUUUUUUUUCUUCCUGUCAGACCCUGUUUCGUGUGUUCCUAUUUUAUCAAAAGUUGUCUCUUGGAUUGAAUUCAAAUUUAGUAGUUUGUCAAAAAGACAAUUGCUUUUUAUUUACAACAUCAUAAAUCCUUCGGCUCGGGCAGCGGCAGGGGAGCAGAGAUUUAAUUGUCAAUUUACUGCCAGUAGACGGCAAGAGUGUCCAGCGAAACUCAUUUGGUCCCCAAGUGGGUGUCCGCAGCGUGUGCGGUCGCAAUGUCUGAUCGGAUUGCUUAGUGCAUGAAGUAUUACUGAAAAUGUGAUCUUUACGAAUCGGAGCAAGUUUAUUUUGACCCGGAAAUGUUAGAAAAGAAUAUAAAAACUGCUUCCUUUUUUCUUUGACUCAGUUUUAGCUAUUUUAAGAGCACUUUUCGUGCGUACACUGUUAAGUUCUUCAUAAGAUAUGAAAAUUGUUCAUCUAAACGUGGAACAUAAUUCCGGGGUUGAAGACUUAAUGCUCAGUGAGUUAAAGUCACUUCUUCCUGAACAUCUGUCUUUUGUUUCUGUUUUUCUUUUCAUGCCUUUGCUGAAUACUAAAUAACUGUUGUCGCAGCAAUGUGCCUUUCUUUACUCAAACAAGCUAAAAAUUUUUCCAUCCUUAAGACAGGAAUGAAAAGCAAUGAGAAAGCCACAAACAGAUAGGCGUAAAAUGGUACCUUUCAUCCUUCGGGUUCUCAUAUUGCUGCUUUAUUGUUUGUACAUAUUUAUCUGCAUUGUCACUACUUACUGGAAGUUAGAAAAAAACCCACAACAGAUUCCCUGGUCACAGCAUGUUGUUGAUAUACAUUGUUAUUGUUUUUGUUAUUUCGCAUAGUGCAGUUCUUCCUAUCAAUGCCACACAAUCCUUGUUAUUGUUGUUGUAAAAUCAAGAUGCUAUCAUUGUUAGUGUUAAUGUGUGCAGUGUAAACUUGAGUGUAACUGGCAUCUGUAUUGUAGCACACGGCAGAUAUAUGUUGGUUUUCCGAAUGGGGAAAUUUUUCAAAGAUGGUCUCUGCCUGUCUGCUGGAAUUAUAUUGGCAUGGGGUCUAAACCGGCCAUGUAAAAGUAUGGAAUAUCCCUCCAUAUUGAACAGGUUGAUCAUAAAAUCUUCUUCUGAAAAAUUUGUUUAUCAAGCUGACUCAUUGACUAGUCUGUUGAUGAAAUGUAUAAAUGAGUUUUAUAACUCAAGUACAGUCGAACCUGCUCUAACAACCACUCAUCAAAGACAAUCACUUGUACAAACCACCAUUUUCCACUUUCACCCUUGUGGGUUUUUUAAAUAUUAUAAUGGCACUGUCCAAGAGAGCAGACUGUCUAAGACGAUCACUUUUCUUACUUUGAUAUAUAUAAAUUAUGUGUCCUUCAAAAUUUGAAACUGAAAAUUGUGAACUAUUGUAUCCUUUCAUCUAGCUUUGUUAAACGCAUUUUUGAUUCCCAAAAUGUUAAAUUCGUGCUUGCUUUGUCACGUGAUAUGUCAUGCCAUGGAGUAUCUUUUGCCUCCUCUGUUCUCAUAUAAAGAUAGUUUUAC